UCUCUGACCGCAAACUCUCUCGUGGCUCCUCUGAAAAUAAUCUCCCCUCUUUUUCUGUCUCCGUUUACCUCAAUUGAGUUUCCAGUCCUUUUGUUCGCUCUUCUUAUCACUUGGAAAAAGGUGAACCCUCGUGUUAUUUUUAUUUUAAUCUUUGCUUUAAUUGUAGUUUUUACCCUUGUGGUCCCUGAUGGCUUCGCACAGUGAUACUCUGGUGGUGUUCUUUGGGGCAACAGCUGGUGCAAAUGGGGGUAAACUGGGUUCGGAUGAGAGGGAAAUAAUUCUCUUGGUGUGGCAAAUUGUGGAUCUACAUGAGAAAAAGGUCGGGAAGCUUCAUAGAUGUCUCGUCAAGCCAGACACUUUGGAGCUGACAGACCAGUGUAAAGAGGAGACAGGACUGACUCUGGACGACAUCAUCAACGCUGAGCCCCUGGACAAAGCUCUGCAACAGUUCCAGCAGUCAGUGUCAUCAGAAGUAAAAUGCCUUGGCAGGAGCUCUUGCACACUUUGCGUCAACAGUCCUCUUGUUAUCCGACAAGCCCUCCACCCCGAGGCUUCCAAAAAGAAUCUAGUCCUACCUGAAUGUUUCUUUUCAUUUGUGGACGUGAGAAAAGAGUUUCACAAAUGCUGCCCCAAUGCUGGCCCAGUGCAGAAGCUCACCCUCCCCUCCAUGUUGGAAUAUGUUGGUCUUCCUGCUGUGUCAGAGCAGUUGAUGGAGGUGAGGGAGGUGAGGAGCAUGGUGCAGCUGACGCUCUGCAUGCUGGCUGAGCCCUACAAUCACAAAUUCUCCUGUGUUGAAUCAGUGAAAUACAAGUUUGAUUCCGGCACAUGCAGUAAGACGGAGCCAGUGGACAGUGAGACAGUGAUCAGAGCACGGGGACUCCCGUGGCAGUCAUCAGACCAAGACAUUGCUCGCUUCUUUAAAGGCCUCAAUAUUGCCAAGGGUGGUGUGGCCCUGUGUCUAAACGCUCAGGGCAGGAGGAAUGGUGAGGCCUUAGUUCGUUUCAUCAACUCAGAACACAGGGACCUUGCCCUGGAGCGCCACAAGCACCACAUGGGCAGCCGCUACAUCGAGGUUUACAAGGCCACAGGAGAGGAAUUCCUCAAAAUUGCUGGAGGUACAUCUAACGAGGUGGCCCAGUUCCUGUCCAAAGAGAACCAGGUGAUUAUCCGUAUGCGGGGGUUGCCGUUCACUGCCACACCCCAGGAAGUCCUCUCCUUCCUUGGUCCAGAGAGCCCGGUUACAGAUGGUGCUGAAGGUCUGCUCUUUGUCAAGUACCCCGACGGACGGCCCACUGGUGAUGCCUUUGUGCUCUUCUCCUGUGAAGAAUACGCCCAGAACGCGCUGAAGAAGCACAAGCAGAUCCUGGGGAAGCGGUACAUUGAGCUGUUUCGGAGCACUGCGGCUGAGGUGCAACAGGUCCUGAACCGCUACAUGUCCACACCUCUAAUCUCAACACUGCCCCCUUCUCCCAUCGUGCCUGUCCCGGUCCUCGCCACGCCUCCUUUCCUUCCGGCGACCAGUAGCACACGCGACUGUGUUCGUCUGCGUGGUCUGCCCUACACUGCUGGCAUUGAAGACAUCCUGGAGUUUAUGGGAGAGCACACUGUUGACAUCAAACCCCACGGAGUCCACAUGGUCCUCAACCAGCAGGUCAGACUGGGUCGGCCCUCUGGCGAUGCCUUCAUCCAAAUGAAGUCACCUGACAAAGCGUUUAUGGUGGCCCAGAAGUGCCAUAAAAAGACAAUGAAGGACCGGUACGUUGAGGUGUUCCAGUGUUCCACAGAGGAGAUGAGCAUAGUGCUGAUGGGAGGAACCCUGAAUCGCAGCGGCCUCUCUCCCCCACCCUGCAAACUCCCCUGUCUGUCUCCCCCCACAGCCUAUACUGCCUUUCCCACCCCACCUGCCAUUCUCUCUGAGGCUGCCCUCUACCAGCCCCCCCUGCUGGCUGCUCCCAGACCUCAUCAGACCACUGCACACAGCCCUGCUCACACUCUGGCCUACUACCCCCCUCAACCACACCUGUACAUGAAUAUGAACAUGAACUACACAGCUUACUACCCCAGCCCACCAGUUUCCCCCUCCACAGUUAGCUACUUUGCAGCUCCACCAGGAGCAAUGGCAGCAGCAGUGGCAGCCCAGCCCCACCCUGCUGCAGCCGCCGCCUCUCCUGUGCUGCCCCAACCUGGUGCCCUGGUCAGGAUGCAGGGUCUGCCCUACAAUGCUGGAGUCAAGGACAUCCUCAGCUUCUUCCAGGGAUACCAGCUCCAGCCAGACGCUGUUCUCAUCUUGUACAACUUCAGUGGCCAGUGCAGCGGUGAGGCCUUGAUCACCUUCCCAAGUGAGGAGAUCGCCAGACGGGCUGUAACCGAGCGCUCCAACCACCCCUUCUACGGCCAGCAGGUCCACUUGGUCCUCUGUAACUGACCACUAGCUCAAUCUAACCUCCCACUGAAAGCACUCACCUCCCAGAUUCUCCGUAAAACUGAACAAUCUCCAGUUGAUGCCAUUGCUACAUAACACAGUGAUUUUCUUUGAUCUGCCAUUUAUUAAUACACACCUGACCCUGCUGGCCCUGACACUCCUGAAGCUGCUGCUGGAGUCUGAACAUCCACAGGUGAAGCAGCUGAAGUCAUUAAAGCUUUGCGUUGUGCUAAUGACUUUGUGGAUGUCAUGCAUAGCAUUACUGUGUAUUUGCCAUCUACUGCAAUAGCUGGUUGUGGAGAGGAGAUGAUGUGGAGCCUGGACAAAUCCAUAACAGUGGCUCUGUGUAUUCAAAUGCUCUAUAUACUGUAUUUGUCCCCUAUAAAACUGUAGAGAUCAUUUUCAUCCUGAAAUGCUUGAGGCUAUACAAACCACUUCUGCUUCUGAUCUUUUCUGUAUAUUUCUGAAUUUUCAUUCUUGACCACUAUAUUUUGGUUCGUCAUAGUUUAUGAUCCUUUGUGUUAGCUCUAUGCAAACACAGAUGUGUGUAUGUGCGUGCACAACGUUUAUUAAUUUGAUGGUCUCCAGUGGUGCCAUUGAAAAGUGAAAAAAAAAAAAGCCAUAAAGACUUAGACUACUGAAAUGAGGAGUGGAUCUCAAGCUGUAUUCUUUAACUAACAUGGAUUCAUUUGACCUUGAGCUGCAGGGACUAUUAGUGAAAACCACAGCAGGAUCACAGUUUUGCUAGUGUACCAAGUCAUUUGUAACUCGUUUUUCCUGUAUAAAGCAUGUAUGACACGUCAUCCCAUUUAGACCUUUUCCAAGCACUACAGAUUCGUUUUUGCUCCAAUCAAAGAGUUAAGGAACUGCUCGUCUGAAUAGCAUGACAAAUUGACUCUAUUUUUAUUAAUCCAAUUUUGUUAUUAAAUCUAACAGGACAGAGACAUAUCCUGAAGCCUUUUUAAAAUGAUCAACCUCAGCUGCUGUACAGUCUCUGUUCUGUUUUUUGUUUCCAGACUAUUUCUAACAAUCAGUCUGUAGCAUCUUUAAUUUCUGCUUACGACCGGAGUACUGUGUACGUGUUUUCCUGUGACGGGCCUAUUGACAGCUGUCCUCAGUUUGUUUUUGGAUUUUUUUCAUCUUUACUUUGCCUACAUUACCCAGAGUGCAAUACUGGCCCAAACAGGGCUAGGUCAACCUCUGGUGGCAGAGGAGAUAUUUCUUUUGUUGCAAGUUUGAGACUUGCAUGAAUUUAGCUCUGUGUAAAUUAGAUAAGACUAUAAACCAUAAAAAUGUUGACAAUGA